UAAAUCAGAAGCAUCAAGUAGAUCAGAAGCCUCAAAUAAAUUAGAAGCCUUAAAUGAUUCAGAAGUUUCAAGCAAAUUAAAGUCUUCAUAUAUAUUAAAGAUGGAUAAUUCUGAAGAAAUAACUAGCAAUGCUACUGUCAUUAAAAAUUACUAUAUUAUAGCAGAAAAUGUUACUAUUAACUAA